AUGGCCGCAUCUGAGGACGGGAGCAGCUGCCUCGUGUCGCGGGGCCGCUCGCAGAGUGACCCUAGCGUCCUCACCGACUCCUCGGCCACCUCCACCGCGGACGCCGCCGGGGAGAACCCAGCCCUGGAGAAGAAGAUGGCCGGCAGGCAAGGCCGGGAGGAGCUCAUCAAGAAGGGGCUGCUGGAGAUGAUGGAGCAGGCCAAGAUGCCGCCGGCACCCAGAGGGGAUGAAGCGGACGCCGGCGCGCCCCCGUCUGUGGCGGAUGAGCCCUCUGCAGCCCCGGCUGGGGCCGACUCCACGCACAGUCCCCCCCGGCCCCCGGAGAGGCCUGCGGGCCAGCUCCCCAGCCCCCCUCUGCUGCCCACCCCGCCGCCCAAGGCAGGCUCCAAGACCACGAAAAACGUCACAGGCCAGGCCGUGCUCUUCCAGGGCUCUGGUGGGAAGAGCGCCGACCCCCUGCUCCGAGGCCAGCUUUCCACGCCCGCGGGGUCCCCGCACCUCAACGCUGCCCACCAGCCACUGCCGCCCAGCCGCGUCAUCGAGGAGUUGCACCGGGCGCUGGCCACCAAGCACCGGCAGGACAGCUUUCAAGGAAGGGAAGCUAAAGUGUCCCCGAAGAAGCGGGUGGACGUCCGCCUGUCCAGGACGCCCAGCCUGGAGCAGGCCAGGGAGCGGGAGGAGGCCUGGAGCCCCGACGGGGCCUCGGAGAACAAGCGGAAAGAGUCCGAGGAGAACAAGGAGAACCUGGUGGUCGCUGCCGAGCUCAAGGACGACCUGCUCCUGUACCAGGACGAGGAGACGCUCAACGACUCCAUCAUCUCUGGGACCCUGCCCAGGAAGUGCAAGAAGGAGCUGCUGGCGGUGAAGCUGAGGAACCGGCCCAGCAAGCAGGAGCUGGAGGACAGGAACAUUUUCCCCAGGAGGACGGACGAGGAGAGGCAGGAGAUCCGGCAGCAGAUCGAGAUGAAGCUCUCCAAACGGCUCAGCCAAAGACCUGCCGUGGAGGAGCUGGAGAGGAGGAACAUCCUGAAACGUGAGUGCCUGCCCCUGCCGGGCUGCGGCGUCGCGCGGGGCGGCGGCGGAGCGCUGGAGCGGAGCCGAUGCUCCCAGAAGCAGCCCCUGAGUCGGGGCCCCUGA